UAACUUGAACGCACCCCCCCUCCCCUUUGCUGUCACCCUCUGAUGUGUCAGUUGUAAACUUCGUCCUGUCUGUAAAAGAGAAACCUGUUCGUUAGUGAGUCAGUUUUAAAUGCACCGGCUGCCAUAAUGGACGAGUAUGGUGCUGGGUUUGAAACCCAGUUCACGUCUGUUAUGCAGAACGUGCUGAGAGCAGCAGUUGGUGAGGCGAGGAAACUUUUCGAGCAGACUUUGCACCAACUGAGAGCAGAGUUAAUGCACCUGAGGCAGGAGAACAUCGAUUUAAAGAGCAGGGUUUUCCCUCCUCACUACAAGACAAAGGAAGCAGGAGAUGGAUGUCCAAGAGCAGACCGUGCCAAACGCGAUGUUGGUGUGCAAUGUGAAAAGCCCACCAUGGUUGAAAGGUGCUGCAGCCCAGCACCAGUUGGUGACCGUCUAAACCUCAGACACAUCUCGAGUGAACGUCUUGAAGAUCUCUGUUCCAGCAGUUCAGAAGAUGGAAACAGGCAGCUUGCUUUGCUUCUCAUUAAAAAAGAGCCCCAGGAGACUGACUGUGAUGAAUAUGCACCAGGAUACUUUUUAUUGAAGCAAGAGGGUGCUGAGCCAAUAUUGGUUCGUAAAGAGCCCUUUAAAAACACAAUGGAAAAAGUUUUGAUCCCGUCAUCAAUCCAAACAAUGAGCAGAAGCUAUGGAACCCAAAAAGAAAUACCAUCCACUAUUGCGUCAUCACCCGAGAACACUGUUUCCUGUAAUUAUAGAAUGGUCUCAUCAAGUAACAGUGUCACCCAGACUGAAAGUAUGUCUAGAGUUAGUGAAUGUUCAUCUUUGCAGAAUGAUACAGAAAGACAAAAAAUGUCUGCAGCAGCUAAAAAGUCAGUUUUGUCAGGAGUACACGCUAAUUCAACCCAGACACUCACUCCAGUUAGUGUAUCUGCCCCGACAGUCCUGUCUAGCAGAUUAGGUCAGAUGUCAACACCUAGAACCCAGCAAGCAGCGCCAUCUGUUCAAAUGGACGAGUCCCUUCAGGCAACCAUCCAACUUAGUGUACCUCCAUCCCAGCAAGUGGUUCAAAAUAUCCAGCAUUCAGCUCCAGUGGCACAGUUUGGCCCUAAAAUGGUUACGCCCCCUCUACCUCAAAACCAGAACCCAAUUACGGAAUCUUGCUCCUCUGGUCAGUUAUUACAAACCCUGGUUACAAUCACAGACAAAAGAUUCUCAGUCAGCAAAUCAGUGACAUCAUUAACUGAGUCUUCCACUCAGGCCGCAAAGCCUUCAGUCUGUCACCCUCAAACUGUGAUGACUCCUGCCCAUAACAUGUCACAGCUAGGCCAUUUUCCUCGGGUGUCCUCGGGUCCUCGGAUCCAGACUCCUUUUCCUCCAGACCAGCAUACUGUUGCACAAGGACAGAUUCCGACUUCAGUAUGUCAGCUGCCACCUCCACCAAACCAGGUCGCAGUUCUGCCCACCCAAGUCCCUGUUCAUCCACCCAUCCACCUUUCAAUUCCAGCAACCCAUGCACCAUCUCAAGUACUUGUUCAAUCAAAUGACAUGCUGCCACCAAACUCGCAAAGUUUAAAUCUGCAAGGCCACCUUCCUUCUGUGAGUCAUCAUGAUCUGACCCCAUCAACCCAGCCAUUUUAUCCUUUGACUCAUGCAUCAUUUGCUCCAUCCUUCAUCCCACUUCAGUCAAUGAAGCCUUCUGUUCCUCCAAGUUCCAUUUCCCAGAACAAUAUUCCAUCUCCACUAGAGCAUGCCUCAUCCCACUAUGACAUUCUGUCUGAUCCACUUUGUUCAUCUUCAGACCAGUUUUUCCCAUCACCUGAUAACACAUCAGAUUUGCUUCAGCCCUUGCCUCCCAUGCCUUUCCACUCACCUGUUGUAUUAAACCAGCAGGAAACCACAUCUAUGAUCCAUUCCCAAUCAUCUGGGCAACCUUUGCAGCUUGCACCUCUUCUUACCUUGAAGGAACAGCAAGCGGCAGCCUCCAAUCAUGGAAGUGUAUCCAAGAGAGGACCUAACAUGGAGAUCCCUAUGUCUACAGUUAAUAACUUUGAGGAACAUAUGCAGAGAUAUCCCCCUCUUGCUAGUCAUGAAUCAACAAACUGUGAAAAUGAAUCCAUCUCGGUGGAAAUGCAGAACGAAGACCUCGCAGAGAAUAAUGAAGGUAGCAGGUCUGCAGUUAUUCCUGGACCAAUACAGCAUUAUACAGUUCUUUCCAAGCCUGGGCCAAACUUUAUAGUACCAGAUUCUACAAAAGAACAACAGACCUUCAGAAUGAACAUGGUCAAGGAUUUACAGAUGGACAAUGACAUUAAUAAGCAGAAAGAGGGAUGUGACACAACCUGCCAAGUAUGGGACCCAUCUGAUAUGUCUAGUGUAUUAGCCCAGUCAGCAUUAAGUGCUCCUGCACAAGCCAUUUUACAGAAACCUGCACGGAAAUUGCUGGAAAAGAAGACUGAGUGCUCUGAAUGUGGCAGGAUUCUUAGCAAUGCAUCUUCACUGGAGAAUCACAUGAGGCUUCAUAGAGGUGAGAGGCCAUAUACCUGCUCCCAAUGUGGUAAGGCCUUCCCUAGUGUACGAGGCCUCAACCGCCAUGUAAAAGUCCAUGCAGAGGAGAAAGGUUACAAGUGUGAGGAGUGCGGCAGGAGUUUUGUUUACCAGUUUACCCUGACCAAACACAAACUCAUACACUCUGGAGAUAGGCCUUUCCCCUGUAAGGUUUGUGGCAAAAAGUUCUUGGCCAAGGCCGACCGGGCUACUCACAUGCGCAUGCAUACAGGGGAGAAACCGUUUUUUUGUAAUCAAUGUGGAAAGACGUUCAAGCAUAGAGUUGCGUUGAACAUGCACAUGCAGGGACACAGGGGUGAGAAACGCUAUGUUUGCCCACAUUGUGAGAAAGGCUUUGUGGAUUUGGGUAAUUUUAAGAGACAUAAGCGUAUCCACACUGGGGAGAAGCCAUUUGAAUGCAAAGAGUGUGGUAAGCGUUUUACUCAGUCAGCGCACCUCAAGAAACACAUAAAUACACAACAUGCAGUAGUGAAACCAAAAUAGAAAGUUCAUGAUAUGUUUAUAAUAGUUUCUUCUCAUGACUUUUAUGAAUUAUCACCAAAUAGUUUUGUGAAAACAAAACUUAUCUUGUUUUAUUAGUAAAAAAAAAAAAAAAAAAAGUUGUUAUAGUCGUUUUUAGCAUCAACUGCUGUAUAAUAAUCUUUUUUGGUGUGCUUAAAUUUUUAUUGUAGUUUUACUUGUUUAUUUUUUUUUUAUAUAUAUUUUUAUUGUUUUAGUAAGUCUGUGUAACUCUGUGAUGAUCUUUGUGUAACUGUAUCAGGUAUCACUGUCAUUUUUAAUUCCAGGCAAGUAAAAGUUGUUUCUUUGCUAUUUAUUAUUCCAUUUUUUUUUUAUAAUUCUGAUGGGUUAAACCCUUAAGGAACUCAGGUUAAACAAUUUACUGUGAAUAAUGCUGAUACACUGAUUGUGAACUUGAUUUGAACAAAAUAUGACCAAAUAAAAUGUGAAAUAUU